UCGCUCCAAGUGUCCACGCGUGUACUACUUCAUUUUCGAUCAAAGGAGCACCUUAUAUGCUUUUAUGUGUCAACUCAUGUUCUAGUCUAACUUUUAUUGUAUUUUUGCUUUAAUUACAAAGACAAAAUUUUAAAAAUUAGAUUAUUUGUCAUUACGAAAAAGGUCAAGCGGCCAUGCCCGUGUAUUAUUAUAUAUCGACCAAUGCUAUUUUACAUUACACAUGCUUACUCUUAGGUAUUUCUUGCAAUUUGUUGACUAUCAAAGAGGGCAACAACCAAUUCUUAUUACUAGCUCAGCUAUACUGCUCCGCUUCACAUGCCAUCUUAUUCCUUGGUUAUGCAAUAACUCAAGGUUGGAAGGAGCCAUAGGAUAGUUGGCCGAACGUUUGAAGGAUUCAAAUCUUGUUCAACCUCUAGGACUACACUGUUGUAAAAAAGGAGUAGAAUCCUAACUUUCGGAUUAGUAAAGCAUGGUAGGAUGGCUUUCCGAACUUGAUGCUGCUUAUUCCUCUUUUGAAGUUUAAGAAACUCGGUGUUCCUUCACAAUCUGUCGUCUCAUUAUGAUUCCAGUUAGAAAAAAAUUCGUAGAUAUAUACAUGUAGAACCAUGAUAACUGCCGCAAUAAGACUGUGCCACGGGGAACCUUGUAUAAACACCUCGACAAAUUAUAUACAUAUUUCUUCUUUAUCAGUUAAAGUGAUAUGUAGUCUACAUUAGUACAUUAUUAAUUAAUUAAUAAAGGUUAUUUUGUAUUAAAAAA